ACAUGGCUCAAAGUAUUCCGGAGAAGCCAAAAAGAUCGGCGUUGAAUCAGCUGACGAGAGCCUUGCUGAGGAAUUACGACCGCGGGGUUCGUCCCGUUCAGAACUGGACCAGCGUGACCACCGUUUUCGUCGACUUCAUCUUGCAGUCUGUCCUUGAUGUGGAUUCCAAAACGCAGAGUAUUACAGCGAGUAUUUGGUACCGACAGAUCUGGACGGAUGAGUUCCUCGUUUGGGACCCGGACCAAUUUGACGGGAUCAACGAGAUUUCGCUGUCAUCCGACGCCAUCUGGAUACCCGAUAUUAUCGUCAAUGAACUCGUGGCCGAGGGAAGGUCGCCGCCCAUCCCGUACGUCUACGUCAACGCGUCGGGGUGCGUCAAGAACUAUCGGCCCAUGCAGGUGGUCCUGGCUUGCAGCCUGGAAAUGUUUGCCUUCCCUUUCGACAAGCAGAAUUGCAGCCUCACCUUCCGCAGCUGGCUACAUUCCGUGAAGGAAAUCGACUUGGCUCUGUGGCGCAGCGAGGAGGCCAUCGCUAACGAUCGGCGGCAGUUCAUGAACGAUGGCGAGUGGGAGCUGCUGUCCAUACCGGCGCGCUACUGGCGCCUCCAGCAGGACCGCGCCGACUACGCCCACGUCCGUUUCCAUGUGUUGAUCCGAAGGCGCCCCCUGCUGUACGUAGUGGGCCUCCUCAUCCCCAGCAUCUUCCUCAUGAUGGUGGAUGUGAUGAGUUUCUACUUGCCCGUGAGCAGCGGUACCCGCAUCGGCUUCAAAAUCAGCACACUGCUGGGCUACACCCUCUUCAGAGUCAACCUGAUGGAUGAGCUGCCCGCCACCGCCGUGGCCACGCCGCUCAUAGGUGUGUUCUUUGCCGUGUGCAUGGCGCUGCUCAUGCUCAGCCUGAUCAAGUCCAUCCUGGUGGUCAAGCUGCUCCACCACAGCCAAAAGGAGGUCCGGGAAAUGUCAGCGUCGGCCUGCCUGCUGGACAAGUACGGCCUCUCCGAGAGCUCCGCUGUGAGCCUGGACCGGCUCGACCGUUCCGAAGAUUUGGAGUUUGAGCCCUCGCCGGAAGAGGAGCCGGGCCCGCCCGCCGACAUCGGGGAAAAUCCUUGCAGCUUGGAGCAUCUCCUCAGGGAGCUGGUUUCCAUCCGUCUGGCCUUUUCCCAGGAGACCUCAGAGUCUUGGGCUCAGUCCCAAUGGCUGGCGCUCUGCUCCAAAGUGGACCGCUUCCUCUUCCGCCUCUACCUGAUCAUUCUGGCCGUGUACGCCGGGACCCUGCUGCUGUUUUGGGCCAGCUGGAGCUUCGCCUGA